AUGACGGCCUCGGGCUUCGAAUCAGGCUGCGGAGGCAAGGGGGCAAACCAAGCCGUCGCUUGUGCCAAGUUGUCACGAAGUAGGACUCUUGAAGACCCCAGUGUUGAUGUUUUCAUGAUCGGGGCUGUAGGAGGAGAUAGCGCCGGGUCCGGGCUCAUCGAGAGUCUUGACUCGUGCGGAGUGGACACCAGCAUGGUUCGGGUCAAUGCCUCUGGCGGCGAAGACUCUCAAACCGGCAUCGCCAUCAUCAUCAUCGAUGAAUCGGACGGCCAAAACAGGAUCAUUUUGUCUCCCGGCGCGAACCGCUCCGUUGGUUUUGACCACGUCCAGCAAUCUGUUAGCCUCAAGCCAGACCUCCUGAUUCUUCAGAUGGAAGUUCCCGCGCCCACUGUUCUCGAAAGCAUCCAGGCUGCCAAGGCUGCGAAGGUUCCUGUUCUUCUGAACCAGGCGCCUGCCAUUUCAUUGCCGGCUGAGGCAUAUCAGGGAUUGGAUCAUCUGAUUCUGAAUGAAACCGAGGCUGCGCUCGUCGCUGACGUGGCGGAAUCUGAGCUCGAAGAUCCCUCGUCACUGGCUACCGUUGCUGAUCAACUCUUGCAAAAGGGCGUCAAAAACGUUAUUCUUACACUAGGUGCCCGCGGUGUGUUUUAUGCUUGUGAAAGUGGCGAGAGGCGGCUGGUGCCGGCCCUCAAGGUCGAUGCCAUAGAUACGACGGCGGCUGGGGACACGUUCAUCGGAGCUUACGCUGUGGCUUUUGCAGAGGAAACUUCACGAGGUGAGGAUUUCGAGAUCGAGGACGCUGUUGCGCGAGCUAUCAGGGGAUCGAGCAUCACUGUCUCUCGUCGGGGAGCUCAGACGUCAAUCCCCUGGAGGAACGAGUUGAAGGGAUUGGAGUUUAAAUACCAAGAACUCGAACUCUGA